UUUUCCAUCUCUAAAGUGUGACCACUCUUUCAGUUCCCUUUUCUUCACAGCGUGCCGCGUGUAAAGUUUUUAACAAGAAAAUUUUGUCAAAAUGUCGGAUUCUGAAGGGGAGCAUUUUGGUGGCGGCGAGUCGGGUGCAUCCAAAACCUACCCGAUGCAAUGUUCGGCGCUGCGCAAGAACGGAUAUGUAAUGCUUAAGGGACGCCCUUGCAAGAUCGUGGAUAUGUCUACCUCGAAGACAGGCAAGCAUGGCCACGCCAAAGUCCAUCUUGUUGGCAUCGACAUAUUUACACAGAAAAAGUACGAGGAUAUUUGUCCCUCUACUCACAACAUGGAUGUGCCGCACGUAAAACGCGAGGAUUUCCAGCUCACCGAUAUAAGCGAUGAUAGCUACCUCACCUUGAUGAGUGACAGCGGUGGCUUGCGCGAGGAUCUUAAGAUUCCAGAGGGCGCAUUAGGAGCUUCUUUGCGCGCCGACUACGAUGCCGGCAAGGAUCUUUUGUGCACUGUGCUGGGAGCCUGCGGUGAAGAGUGCGUUAUUGCCAUCAAAAAUAAUACUGCUUUGGAUAAAUAAGCUUGCUGAUCGGGGUAAUUGUCAUCCACCAACCUGAUACUGGAAAAGUGUAAUGAUAUAUUGAAGUAAUAUCAAUUAAAUGAUGAAAAAAUACAAA